AUGAUGAAACUUAUAAUAUUUUUGUAUUUAUGUCAAUCAAUCGAUGGUAUGAUAAAACCUGAUCUUUGGUGGAAUAUUGGACUUGAACAUGAAACUAAUAAUAUGUUAUCAUCAUAUACAUCGUUGAAUGCUGAUCAUCAAUAUGAAAUAGAUGAUGAUCCAUCAUCCUAUUGUGAAACAACAUUGAAAAGUUUAACUAUUGGUCAAAAACAAAUAUGUUUAUUACAUGCUGAUCAUAUGCCUGUUGUGAUUCAAGGUACAAGUAAAGGUAUUGAUGAAUGUCAACAUCAAUUUCAAGAUCGUCAUUGGAAUUGUUCUACAGUAAGAGAUGGAAGUGUUUUUGGACCUGUUCUUUAUCAUGCUAAUCGAGAAACAGCUUUUACUCAUGCAAUGCUUUCAGCAGGUGUGACGUACGCUGUUAGUCGAGCUUGUAAACAAGGUUUACUAAAAUCAUGUACAUGUAGUCGAGCGGCAAGACCUAAAAAUCUACCACGAGAUUGGACAUGGGGAGGAUGUGGUGAUAAUGUAGAUUAUGGUUAUCGAUUUGGCCGAGAUUUUGUUGAUACACCUGAAAAAGAAAUUAAUCCAAAUGUAAUCAACUCUCCUAUUUCAUUUAUUAAUUCAAAUCAAACAACAAUUGGACGAAAAAAACGCAAACCAUUAAGACGUGGUAGAAUACGACGUCAAAUGAAUAUACAUAAUAAUGAAGUUGGACGAAGAGCGGUUUAUCGAUUAACGCGUGUAGUUUGUAAAUGUCAUGGAGUUAGUGGUUCUUGCAGUCUUCGAACAUGUUAUCAACAAUUACCAACAUUUCGUGAAAUUGGUGCAUUUUUAAAAGAAAAAUAUGAUAGUGCUGUUGAAGUACGAUAUCAACGUCGUUUAGGACAAUUACGUUCACGUGAUCGUCGUUUUGCUGGACCAACCAAAGAUGAUUUAAUCUAUUUUGAAGAUUCAAAUUUUUGUGAAUUAAAUCGACGUAUUGGAUCAUUUGGUACAAAAGAUCGUAAAUGUAAUCGAACAAGUCAUGGUCCUGAUGGUUGUGCAACAAUGUGUUGUGGACGAGGUUAUAAUACAAUACGAAAAUAUGUUCAAGAAAAGUGCAAUUGUAAAUUUAUAUGGUGUUGUUCUGUUCAAUGUGAAACAUGUCAAAAACUUACCUAUUCAGGUUUAUUUUGUGUUGCCAUCAAUCCAUAUAAACGUUUACCAAUUUAUACUAUGAAAGUAGUACUUAUGUACCGUGGUAAAAAACGUACUGAAGUUCCUCCACAUUUAUAUGCUAUUGCUGAUAAUGCAUAUUCAAAUAUGCUUCGUGAUCGUGACAAUCAAUCAAUGUUAAUCACAGGUGAAUCAGGUGCUGGUAAAACAGAAAAUACCAAAAAAGUUAUUCAAUACUUUGCAUUGGUUGCUGCUGCUAGUGCUAAAAAGGAAGAGGGCAAAAAAUCUAUGACUCUCGAAGAUCAAAUUGUUCAAUCAAAUCCUGUACUCGAAGCUUUCGGUAAUGCUAAAACAACUCGUAAUAAUAAUUCAUCACGUUUCGGUAAAUUUAUUCGAAUUCAUUUUGGUCCAACUGGUAAAAUUGCUGGUGCUGAUAUUGAAGUUUAUCUUCUUGAAAAAGCUCGUGUCAUUUUUCAACAACCAGCUGAACGUAAUUAUCACAUUUUCUAUCAAUUGUGCUCAAAUGCUUUUCCGGAAUAUCAUAAGGAAUGUCUUAUUGGAAAUGAUCCAGGAAAAUAUCAUUAUGUAGCUCAAGGCAUGCUUACAAUUGAUAAUGUUGAUGAUGCUGAAGAAAUGAAACUUACUGAUGAAGCUUUUGAUGUUCUUGGCUUCACUCCGGUUGAAAAACUUAGUAUGUAUAAAUGUACUGCUGCUAUUAUGCAUUUUGGUAAUUCUCAAUGGAAACAACGACCACGUGAAGAACAAGCCGAAGCUGAAGGUACAGAAGAUUGCGAGAAGGUUGCACAUCUUCUCGGUAUUGAAGCAGCUGAACUUAUCAAAGGUUUACUUAAACCACGUAUCAAGGUCGGUAAUGAAUAUGUUAACAAAGGUCAAAGUAAAGAUCAAGUUACUAACUCAAUUGGUGCUCUUUCAAAAUCGAUUUAUUAUCGUAUGUUUUGUUGGUUAGUCGAGCGUGUCAAUGUAACACUCGAUGUUAAAGCUAAACGACAAUACUUUAUUGGUGUACUUGAUAUUGCUGGUUUCGAAAUUUUUGAUUAUAAUGGUUUCGAACAAUUAUGUAUCAAUUAUACCAAUGAACGUCUUCAACAAUUCUUCAAUCAUCAUAUGUUCGUUUUAGAACAAGAAGAAUAUAAAAAAGAAGGUAUUCAAUGGGAAUUUAUUGAUUUUGGUAUGGAUUUACAAGCUUGUAUUGAUCUUAUUGAGAAGCCAAUGGGUAUUUUAUCCAUUCUUGAAGAAGAAUGUAUUGUACCAAAAGCAACUGAUAAAACAUUUGUUGAAAAACUUUAUAAUAAUCAUUUGGGUAAACAUCCACAAUUUGGUAAACCAAAACCAGCGAAAAACAAAGCAGAUGCAAAUUUUGAAGUUCAUCAUUAUGCUGGUUCAGUUCCUUAUACAGCAACAGGUUGGCUUGAAAAGAACAAAGAUCCUAUCAACACGACUGUUGCUACACUUUUUGCUAAAUCGAAAAAUGCUAUGUUAGCUCAUCUCUAUGCUGAUAUUAUUGAAGAAGAAGGUGCUAAAUCUGGAGGUAAAAAGAAAGGUGGUAGUAUGCAAACUAUUUCUGCUACACAUCGUGAACAAUUGAACAAAUUAAUGAAUAAUUUAAAACAAACUCAUCCACAUUUUGUUCGUUGUAUUAUUCCAAAUGAAGUUAAAACUGGAGGAAUACUUGAUUCACAUUUGGUUCUUCAUCAACUUCAUUGUAAUGGUGUACUUGAAGGCAUUCGUAUUUGUCGUAAAGGCUUUCCAAAUCGUAUGAUUUAUUCAGAAUUUAAACAACGUUAUUCAAUCUUAGCACCAAAUUCUAUACCCAAAGGAUUUGUUGAUGCUAAAAAAGCAACAGAAAAUAUCCUUAAAGAUUGUCAAUUAUCUGAAGAAUUAUAUCGAUUAGGUACAACGAAAGUAUUCUUCAAAGCAGGUGUUUUAGGUCAACUUGAAGAAAUGCGUGAUGGAGCAUUAUCAAAAAUUAUUGCGACAUUACAAGCACAAAUUCGUGGUUAUGUUAUGCGUAAAUCCUAUAAGAAAAUGUUAGAUCAACGUAUAGCAUUAUCAGUUUUACAACGUAAUUGUCGUAAAUAUUUAUCAUUACGUAAUUGGCCAUGGUGGAAAUUAUAUACAAAAGUUAAACCAUUAUUAUCUGUUGCACGACAAGAAGAUGAAAUGAAAAAACUUGAAGAAGAAUUUAAAGCACUUAAAGAAGCUUUAGAAAAAGAAGAAAAACUACGUAAAGAAACUGAAGAAAGUAAUACAAAAUUAAUUCGAGAAAAAAAUGAUAUCUAUUCACAAUUGGAAUCUGAACGUGCAAAUGCAUCUGGUGCUGAAGAACGUCUUACACGUUUAGUAACACAAAAAGCUGAUCUUGAACAACAAAUAAAAGAUUAUGAAGAACGUAUGAAUGAAGAAGAAGAAGUAACAAGUGAAUUAAAUAAUAAAAAGAAAAAACUUGAACAUGAUAUCGAUGGUUUAAAGAAAGAUAUUGAUGAUAUGCGUUUAAAUUUACAAAAAGCUGAAAAUGAAUGUAAAACACGUGAUAAUCAAAUACAUACAUUACAAAGUGAAAUGGCACAACAAGAUGAAACCAUAGCUAAAAUAACACGUGAACGUAAACGUCUUGAAGAACAAAAUUCAAAAACAACUGAACAAUUACAAGCUGAAGAAGAUAAAGUGAAUCAUUUAAAUAAAUUAAAAACCAAACUUGAACAAACAUUAGAUGAAUUAGAAGGUAGUUUAGAACGUGAAAAGAAAGCUCGUACGGAUUUAGAUAAAUCAAAACGUAAAUUAGAAACUGAUCUUAAAUCAGUACAAGGUAAUCUUGAUGAUUUUGAACGAUCAAAACGUGAAUUAGAAGAAAAUCUUAAACGUAAAGAUCAAGAAAUUCAACAAAUGAGUGGACGUCUUGAAGAUGAACAAGGACAAGCAUCUGGUCUUGGUAAAAAAAUCAAAGAAUUACAAGCACGUAUUGAAGAACUUGAAGAAGAAGUUGAAAAUGAACGACAAGCACGAACAAAAACAGAAAAACAACGUGCUGAUUUAACACGUGAAAUGGAUGAAAUGAAUGAUCGAUUAGAAGAAGCUGGUGGUGCAACAUCAACACAAGUUGAAAUGAAUAAGAAACGUGAAGGUGAAUUAGCUAAACUUCGUCGUGAUUUAGAAGAAGCUAAUCUUCAACAUGAAGCAACAGCUGCACAACUUCGUAAGAAACAUCAAGAUGCUGUUACUGAAAUGGGUGAACAAAUUGAUCAAUUACAAAAAUUAAAAAAUAAAUUAGAAAAAGAAAAAGGAACAGUUAAAUCUGAACUUGAUGAUUUACGUGCACAACUUGAUCAUGCACAAAAAGGUAAAUCAUCUGCUGAAAAACUUUCAAAACAACUUGAACAACAAUUAAAUGAUAUAACAAUUAAACUUGAUGAUAGUCUUAAACAAGUUAAUGAUGUUUCUGGUCAACGAUCAAGAUUAGUUAACGAAAAUUCAGAAUUAGCUAAACAAAUCGAAGAUCUUGAACAUCAACUUGGUUCAUUACAAAAAUCUAAAACAGCAUUACAACAACAAGCUGAUGAAGCUAAACGUGUUUUAGAAGAAGAAAUACGUGGUAAAGGUUCAGUUAAUACUCAAAUACGUAAUUUAACUUCUGAUCUUGAUCAAGCACGUGAACAACUUGAAGAAGAACAAGAAGGAAGAGCUGAUCUUCAACGACAAGUUAUAAAACUUAGCGCAGAAGUUCAACAAUGGAGAUCACGUUAUGAAUCAGAAGGUAUGGCACGUGGUGAAGAACUUGAAGAAGCUAAACGUAAAUUAGCUGCCAAAUUAAAUGAAGCUGAAGAACAAGUUGAAGCUGCAUUAAAUAAAUGUAAUGCAUUAGAAAAAGUUAAAGCUCGUUUACAAGGUGAAGUUGAAGAUCUUAUGAUCGAUGUUGAACGUGCUAAUGCUAAUGCUUCGGCAAUGGAUAAAAAACAAAAACAAUUCGAUAAAUUAAUUAAUGAAUGGAGACAAAAAUGUGAAGAUAUUACUGUUGAACUUGAAAUAUCACAAAAAGAAGCACGUCAUUAUUCAACUGAAUUAUUUAAACUUAAAACACAAUAUGAAGAAUCACAUGAACAAAUUGAAGCUCUUCGUAAAGAAAAUAGAAAUUUAGCUGAUGAAGUUAAAGAUCUUAUGGAUCAAUUAGGUGAAGGUGGAAAGAGUGUUCAUGAAUUAGAUAAAGCUCGUAAACGUGCUGAAAUGGAAAAAGAAGAAUUACAAUCAGCAUUGGAAGAAGCUGAAACUGCUCUUGAACAAGAAGAAGCUAAAGUUCUUCGUGCACAAAUGGAAUUAAGUACAGUUCGUCAAGAAAUUGAUCGUCGUAUUCAUGAAAAAGAAGAAGAAUUUGAAAAUACACGUCGUAAUCAUGCUCGUGCACUUGAAUCAAUGCAAGCUAGUCUUGAAGCUGAAUCACGAGCUAAAGGUGAAGCACUUAAACAGAAAAAGAAACUUGAAUCGGAUAUCAAUGAACUUGAAGUCGCACUUGAUCAUUCAAAUCGUAGUAAUUCAGAUUUACAAAAAGCACUUAAACGAUUACAAGAAACUGUUACACAAUUAACAGUACAAAUUGAAGAAGAACAACGACAACGUGAUGAAGCACGUGAAGCUGCUCAUGCUGCUGAACGUCGUGCUAAUCAUAUUGUUGGUGAACUUGAAGAAUUACGUACUAAUUUAGAUCAAGCUGAACGUGCUCGUCGUGCAGCUGAAACUGAAUUGAAUGAAGCUGCUGAUCGUAUUAGUGAUUUAAGUACACAAAAUGCUACUUUAGCAUCACAAAAACGACAAUUAGAAUCAAAUAUUGUUGCUAUGCAAGCUGAUUUGGAUGAAGCUGUUGCUGAACUUAAAAAUAGUGAAGAACAUUCAAAGAAAGCUGGUGCAGAUUGUGCACGUCUUGCAGAAGAAUUACGAAGUGAACAAGAACAUACAAUACAAGUUGAACGACUUCGUAAAGGUCUUGAACAACAAAUUAAAGAUCUUCAAGUACGUCUUGAUGAAUCUGAAAAUAAUCCACUUAAAGGUGGAAAACGUAUUAUUGCUAAACUUGAACAACGUAUUCAUGAAUUAGAAAGUGAAAAUGAAUUAGAACAACAUCGUCAUCAAGAAACAUUGAAAGAAUUACGUAAAAAUGAUCGACGAUUAAAAGAAUUAGCUUUUCAAACAGAAGAAGAUCGUAAAAAUCAACAACGUUUACAAGAUCUUUCAGAAAAAUUACAAGCCAAAAUUAAAGUUUACAAACGACAAGUUGAAGAAGCUGAGGAAAUUGCUGCCCUCAAUUUGGCUAAAUUUCGUAAAGUUCAAACAGAACUCGAGGAUUCAGCUGAACGAGCUGAUCAGGCUGAAAAUCAAUUAGGUAAAAUACGUGCUAAGAGUCGUUCAUCUGUUAGUGUUAGCCGACUUUCACCAGGCCGUGAAAUUCGUGAAUCGACAACUAUUCGUUCAUCAAUGAUGCGUAGUGGUUCAGUUCGUGCUGGUUCACUUCGUCCCCUUUAA